UCUGGCCAAUGAAAUAAAAGCACCGUUGUUAACUUCGCAAAACCACCAACUACCACUCCAACUUCUCCUGGUCGGCCGUUCCUUCCUUUCUGGUUACUCUUCCAAAUCACACGAAACAAGAACGAGAAAAAUUCCCAGUCAACCUCCCUCUCCCUUUUCAGUUCCUAAACCAAUAAAACCAGUGCUCCUACUAUUCCAUAUAUGCCCGAGAGAAGUCUGAGGCGGAGAGCUCCGGCCACCAGUGCCCGGUGUAGCAAGCCGCCGAAUCCGUCUCCUUCGCCUCGGGGGAGGAGCCCGCCGCCCCGGAGAUCGGCGAAGCAUGCUUCGAAACCCGUUAAGAUUUUGAAUCGGUGCUCUUCGGACCCGAUGCUUUGGAGUUCGAGCUCUGGUGUUAGCGGCAGUAGCAUCAGCGACGAUGAUCAGAGUUUGAGAUCUGAGGGUGGCGGUGUUCUUUUUGGGCCUCACACAUUCACGGACGUCUUUGCGUCCUCGCCUUCGUUGUUGGGUCUCCGUCUCUCACCUCAGAGGUACGAGGGAUAUAGGAAAGAUGCAAAGGUGGUGGUUAAUGUAACAGUUGAAGGAAGUCCAGGACCGGUCCGGACCUUGGUUAAACUAGGGGCCAGUGUGGAGGACACCAUUAAGCUUGUUGUAGACAAAUAUAGCGAAGAAGGGCGAACUCCUAAGCUGCACCGGGAUGCAGCAUCCUCAUUCGAAUUGCAUCAGUCCUAUUUCAGUCUUAAAUGUUUGGAUAAAUCAGAAAUGAUUGGGGAUGCUGGCAGCAGAAGCUUCUAUCUUCGAAAGAGUAGCAGUCAGCACAGUAGUAAUGCAGCAUCUCCUUGCACUACUGAAAUUGUUCCGGCAAGAGAAUGCUCUCCUCCACCCAUUCCACCCCCUGCAUUUUUGCUACCCUCUUUCAUUGCCCGAAAGAUCAGCAAAAUUGUUAGAAGAACACGCAGGCUUUGGAAACUCUUGGUCUGCCUACAAUGAGGAUGGCCAGACACCAUAUAUUUAUUUCUAUUGAUUUGAGUAACAACAUAUAAUUUAUGUUACUCAUAACAAUAGCAGCUGAAUUGGUUUCCCUUUCGCCCUUUAAUACAAAUUCCCAUUUUCUUUGAUCAUACGUACGUACGUUAUGUACGUAAUAGGGAAUUGAACUCUCAUUUCCUUUCUCCACUAUUUGAUGUGUAGAUUGCUCAUGUAAAGAUAUACUGCAGCCAUAGUGCUGGUUCAAAUCACAAAAUGAAUAUCCAACUGUGAAGCAUUACAAAAA